AUGACCUUACAAACCCAUGCUGUUUCGAGUCCACCCCCUGAAUUCGGACCUUCAUCUACGAUCACAUUAGCACCUUGGCAUACCGUCAUGGCGGGGAUGGUCAAGGAUACAAGUUUAGAUGAUGGGAUGGUAUUAUGGGAUAAUUCUUCUCAUAUAAUACAUAUGUAUGGAGAGACUAUGAGUUUUGAAUAUACCGUAAUGGGGAAAGCCAGCAAAACUGCUGGUGUGUGCACAAUCACCGGUGUACCCAAAACCGAGGAUGUAAUGUUUCUGUUCAAUGGUAAUAGUGAUUGUUAUGCUAUGGACCUAUCGGAUGAUACUCAAGGUACUAGAGGAGUCUCUUUAGAAUGCUUACCUAAACCUACUGGUCUUCCGUGUAAAUGA